CUAUUGGUGUUGCAGGACAGCUGACUGUGCAGUGGGUGGUGCCAGGGACUGCUCUGCUCUAUUUCAAACAGAUACACACACCUGAUAGUGAACAUAAUCGGUACACUGCUUUCUGGAUUUUAGUACUGUUCAGCCGCCGAUAAUAACUUACACCACAACAUGUCUGAGACGGAUCCCAAGUCGGUGCAGGACCUUACCAACGUGGUCCAGACACUGCUGCAACAGAUGCAGGACAAGUUCCAGACCAUGUCAGACCAGAUCAUCGGGAGGAUUGAUGAGAUGAGCACGCGCAUUGAUGACUUGGAGAAGAACAUCGCCGACCUGAUGACCCAGGCUGGUGUUGAAGAGAUCGAGGCGGCACCAGAAAAGGCUAAAGAGGGUCAAGGCUCAUAAUGAAGGUUCCCGGUGUGAAGUCGGUCCUACAUUCAGGAGCAGCAGACUUUUCGAUCCUGAAAAUGACUUAUUGAUUUGGUGUGUCGUUGUGAAAUGCUUUUUUUAUAUAUUGAAUAUUGUGAUAAACGGUUAGUUAUGUAAUGACUUGAAAAGUUGGAUGUCAUUUGUAAGUUAGAAUAGUGUGCUGUGCCCUUCAGAACCAUGUGCAGGAAUGCAGCUUAAGGAUUUCUAUGCCAUCGUAUCGUAAUGAAUGAAAUCCUGUGAGCGGAUGGGCUGAUGGGGGCGGUUUUGCCCGAGCCUGUGCCGAAUACAACCUGCAGGCUAGUAGGCCAGUGGAACCUCCAUCCCUACCAACAGGGGAAACGGGCACAGUGAACAUCUGAAACCAAACGGCACCGGUACUACCAUACUGUGGGAUGCAUUCCAAUUCCAACAGAUUUUCUUCUAUUAAAGCUAUUUAAUACAAUGCUCUCUGUCAUGUAUUACAUAAUAAAUAUUUGGCCAGUUGCCGAGUGAAUUUUUAAAAAUAUAAAUAACUCCUAGGUGCCAAUUGUUUCUGUAAUUAUUUUUUUAUGCCAGUGUUUCAUUUGAUCUUGCAAACUAUCUGAAACGUCAGUGUUUGGUGUUUUUUUGGCAGAGAUUGUUUCUAAAUGACAAUUUUUACACUUAAUGGUCAACUAGGCUGCGAAAUUGGGAAUUUACGGUCUACUAUGAUCAAUAAGAUGUUUGAAGAUGAACUGACAUUUAAUGUGAACUGAAUUAGAGGCAAUGUUGCUUAACUGCAUAGUAGGAACCUUUAUUCAAAUGAGGGCAAACAAAAAUAACAAAAUGAAGCCAAACAGCGGUAAGCAAAACAUGUCACACAUUACCAUGAAGUACAAAAUCAGUAGUGAACAUAUGAGUGCAAUAUUAAAGUUCUGUAUGUAUUA